UCGUGGCACAGACUCGUCGCCUGCAGGGAUCCGGCUCGGUCCUCCAUGAAAGAGGGAGUGCGGCAGCAAACUUGGGGAAAAGAGAUGUCAGCCACCGUCUUGUCCGCGCUCUACGACAUGGACAUGCUUUAUAAGCAGGAUAAAAGCAUGAACAUCAACGCCCUCCACAUCAACAGCAUGCUGGAUAAGAAGGCGGUGGGCGCUCCGGUCACGACCCCGGGCUCCGGCGGCUCCUUCACGCCGGGAUUUUUCCGCAGGAACUCCACCAGCAACGUGGAGGCCAUGAACAACGGCAACAAGUACUCGCUGAGCUCGUACGGCGGCCUGAAGGAGAGCACGCCGGGCGGCGGCGGCAGCGCGGCCGCCACGGCCCUCAUGAACAAGGAGAACAAGUUCCGCGACCGCGCGUACAGCGAGAGCGGCGAGCGGGGCGUGCUGCAGCAGAAGCCCGGCUCGCAGAUCAACUCCACCCGCUACAAGACGGAGCUGUGCCGGCCCUUCGAGGAGAACGGCUCCUGCAAGUACGGGGAGAAGUGUCAGUUCGCCCACGGCUACCACGAGCUGCGGAGCUUGUCCCGCCACCCCAAGUACAAGACGGAGCCGUGCCGCACCUUCCACACCAUCGGCUUCUGCCCCUACGGCCCCCGCUGUCACUUUAUCCACAACGCCGACGAGCGGCGGCCCGCCCCGCCGGCCAACGCCAACGUGCAGGCGGGCGAGCCGCGGUCGGCCCGGGAGCUGUGCGGCUACGGCCAGAGGGACGUCCUGCCGCCGCAGCAGCUCGGCUACACCCAGCGGGACAGACCAAAGCUCCACCACAGCCUCAGCUUCUCCGGCUUCUCCACCCACCACGGCCUGGAGUCCCCCCUGCUGGACAGCCCCACGUCCCGGACCCCGCCGCCCCCCACCAGCGCCUCCGCCUCCUCCGGCUUCUACGACGACGUGCUGUCCCCCAGCAUCCACAGUGCCUUCUCCUUCCCCGGGCAGGACCUGAAAGCCCUGCUGGCGCCCCUGGCCGUGCACACCCCCAGCGGCUACGCCGGCAGCCACUCCGCCGGCGCCUUCUACGGGAACAUGCAGAGCAGCGCGUGUCCGUCCUCCCCCCCCGCCUACAACAUGAGCCACCUGCAGGCGCUGCGCCGCCUCAGCGAGUCGCCGGUGUUCGAGCCUCCUCCCAGCCCGCCGGACUCGCUCUCUGACCGGGAGAGCUAUGCGAGCGGGUCCCUCAGCUCUUCCGGGAGCCUCAGCGGCUCCGAGUCCCCGAGUCUGGACGCUGGAAGACGUUUGCCAAUCUUCAGCAGGCUGUCGAUUUCAGAUGACUAAGUUUUUUUUUUUUAAUCUUCUUCUCUUGAUUUUUUUUGUUAUAAUUAUUAUUUUUCAUACGGAUUAUGGACGAGUCAGGCGGGAGGGGGCGGUGGGUGUUGAGGGGGGGCUGAGGGGAGGUCGAGGCAGACUGUCCAGCAGAGGAUCUCCUCCCGAAGCCCCCUCUUCCUCCUCCUCUUCAUCUCGGCAGCAUCCACUCCUGCUGAAGUGCCUUCGAGCAGGACUUUGAAUCCCUACCAGCUCCAGGGGGCGAGACCCCCCUCUGAGAGGGGAGUCUCCCCCCAACAGGGAUCAAUCAGUCAAAGUGUCCUUGACCUGGCAUUAGUGUAGUAUUCUUCUUUCUUUUUUUGUGUAAUAUAGCUGUAUUAAACCUUAGAUAGCAAACAGAAGGCAUUCCAUCAGUGCCUUGCCCAAGGGCUCAUGGCAGCCCCCUUCUCCAUUUCUUUCUUUCUUCUUUUUUGCCACACUUCUUUCCUGGGAUUAGAUGUUUGUGUAACAUGACUUGACAAGAAGAAGAGACUGUAAGCGGUGUCAGAUUUCCUCCCAUCCUGCCAAGAAUAUGCCUUGACUUAAAGUAACAUGUUUUUUUUUUUUCAAAUCCAAGUGUUUUUCUUCUUCAACUUCCAUUCCAGACUCUCCUCCUCCUCCUCCUCCUCCCCUCCUCUUCUCUUCCUCUCCUCCCUUAGUGCCACCCAGUGGUCGCCUCGGUUCAGUUUGUUGCUUGGUUAAAGAAAAAGCACUCUUGAGUUGGUUUGUUUGGGGAAAUCACUGCUGAUGGUUGAGUAUAUUUUUUUAGCUGUUUUUUUUUUUUUUUUUUUGUUUCUCUCGAGUGAUUCACAUAGCAGUGCGUAACUGGCUAUGGACUAUUUAACUUAUUUAUUAUCUUGUGAAAAAAAAGUAUAGGCUACAUUGGUAAUUUGUGUCCAUACUGUAUUUAUCAAGUAUGAUGAAGCAAUAGAUCUAUAUUCUUUUAUGUUUAAAUUAUGAUUGCCAUUAUUAAUCUGCAUAAAGUGGAGUGUAUGUUCUUUUCACAGUAAUAUAUAUAUUUUGUUUUUUUUCUCCUUUUUUUGUAACUUCACUUGGUUAUUUUUAUUGUAAAUGAGUAAAAAAAAAUCUUAAUUUAAGAGAAACGUAUGUGAUAUUUAUUUCAUUAAUUUUGUUUCCUUGUUUACGUUUAUUAAAAAAAAGUUUGCGUGAUUGCUGUUUGCUCUUGAGGUUGUGUGUCAGUGCUGUAGAAGGCUUUUUUUUUUUUUUUUUUUUUUUUCGGUUUUUCCCCUCUGGAGGAUCCCUUUUUUCUUUUUUUUUUUAGAUGUUUCUGUAGAAUGUAUACACGAUGUGGUUGUACAGACCGUCCAAACCUUACUUCUUUUUGUUGAUCUAGAUCGGUGACAAAGAACCCAAGUCGAUAAAUUAACCAAAAAGUAUUUUUUUUCCUCUUUAUUUUUGUUUUUCUCUGUUUGCACGAGGUCACACUGUGAUUCCAGCCACGUGCUAAAGAAUGUAGCAAUCCCUUGUGCCCCAGUAUUAUUGUGUAGUGCCUAUGGGGCUCACCAUCUUGACAUGCCUUAAAAUUAACCAAAUAAAGUAUUUUUCCUACAUGGCAUCUUUUUAUACAGGUUGAACUGAAUGUAGUGUUUGAUUUUUUUUUUUUUUUUUAAGGUUGUUACCACUCAGACAACAGAAAACAACCGUAAUCUUUCUCUAAAUCCCCAUUCCUUUUUUCUUUUUAUUUUUUUUUUUUUUGGGUUAUUGAAAUCUAGUCUUGAGAGUUUUUGCUGGAGGGAAGUGGAUGAACAUGUUUGGUUUGUACAUAGUAGGUACAGGGGGAAGCGCACUAUGUACUUUUGACUACUUUAUCAGAAGUAAAGCUUUUUGAAUGUAACAAAAGAGGAUUAAAAGAAAAAGACAAAAAAAAAAAACGGACAAAAAGACAACGAGAGUUGUAAUAUUUUUUUUCGGGGAG